AUGGAAGGACUGCGGGGAGUCUGCGCUGACGACUUCUCUUUUGGAGCAUUUUGUAAACAUAACUCUUCACGUCUUGGCAUUUGUUCCGUUUGGCUGGCUGGAUUGAGCCUGCUGUUGUUUGCACGACUGAGUGGCGCGAGCGAUGCUCCCGCGCGAGUUUUUCCAGAGGCUGCACAGGAUGGUGAAACCGCGUUACCAUUGGCUAAAUCGCUUGUUAGAGCCUCUCGUAGGUCGCUGGCUGAAGGGGGAGGUUACCUCCAAGCAUGUGGGAACCCUAGCUAUACUUCAGAGGGAAGGGCGGCCGAUGCUGCUUCGGAUGCGAAUCCAGGUAUGGAAGAGAGACUUCGGGCUUUAUUGAUAACGCAAGAGAAAGUGUUCGCCAUUGGUUGGCGAACGAUUACGAAGAUGCUUUGUCUGGACGGCCUCAGGACGAUGGGUGUGCUUGUCGCAUUUGCAACGAUUGAACAAGUUACACUCUCUGCUUUUCUGUCUCCAGAGUUGGAGGAACGGAGGAGAAGUUCAGCAGUUCAACUUCUCAGUUUGGCUCGUUUCCUUGUCCGAGGAACCCCACACAUGAUGCCGUUUUCGAGGCAGGUGUAUCGACUGCUCCGAGCAUGCAAGCUUUAUUCAUUCAGUCGAAUCAGACGUGCGGAACUGCCAGUCAUGACUCCGGAUGAACGUACAUGCAUGCUAGAAGAAUUAGUGAUGGUGCAGAAUGCAGCGUGGAGCUUAGUGCAUGGGGCGCUGCUAGAGUUGGAUCGAUGGAGUCCAGCAGAUGCUGGGAUGCCUUUGGAGCUAUUGAGCAAGCGAGUACUUCUCACGAUUGCUGCGACACUCCGCACACGCCGAAGGCAAUUGUUGAGGAUUCCGGCAGCAGUAUAUUGCCUGAGCGAGCUUCAAGCGGCUGCGAAACUGAAACUGAUCUUCGGCCAGGCUGGUGUUGAGACUGCUAAAAAAUAUGGUCCUUUGCCUGGGGCUGAAGGCCAAAUCUUGCAGUUGAUGACUCAGGUGGAAGAGGUACAAAGGACGCAACUUUUGGCUAAAUAUUCAGAAGGGGAAGAAGAACUAACUCUAGGGGAAUUUUCUGCGACGGAAGAGUACACGCCAAGCAAUUUUGAGGAUUCCGAAAUGCUUGAGGAGGCUUCUUCCUAUGAGUUCACCCCUUCAGUAAAAACGACCUUCUCGACAUCGAGACAAGCACUGCACAUGCCCGAACACACUCCAAACUACCCCCCGUUUUAUGCAUUGUUUUCUUCAAACCCCCCUGCACUGCCUCUGCCUCUGCCUCGGCCUCGGCCUGGAGUAGGGAGAGAAGAGCGGCACACCCAUUCCUCCUCGCCUUCCGUGCGGAUACCUUCUCCGGAGAUUGUUUAUCCCGAGGACCACUCAGUGUGGAGAAAUGAGGGUUCCACCUCUAUCACUUUGCCUGCCACUGAGGGUGCAGUCGAAGCACCAAUUCAAGAUGCUGACGAGCUAGGCUUGCAACGAGAUUUUGCAGCGUUGCGCUUCCUUUGGGAGGCCAAGGGUGACAUCCUGAGUUCAGGUAUUCACUUGAAUUUAGAUCGUGGGAACGGAGUGCAACUUCCACACGAAAGCGAUAGUCAGACUCCCUUCUAUGGGGUACCUCUGGGGGACCCCGCGCAGCCGUGGCCCCCUGAAGUUCUUCGACCUGCUGGCACCACAACACCUUUUGAUUUAGUGGAAUUAGACUUCUGGUCGACAGGGCUUAGCUUUCUGCGCUCAGGAGGGCAUCAACGCGACAACGCGCAGACACGUCCUUAA